CAUCUCGUGGUUUUGAAGAAAUUUGUGUGUUACAUCUUACAGAUUUGUAUAAGUGCAGCUAUGGACCAGAAGCCACCUGUUUGGAUGAAAAAAGAGGAAACAGAUGAAGUACCAGCUGAACCAGGCUCCAUGAGUAAACAAAGCGUUGGUUUCAAAUAUUUGAAUUGUGGCAUCCACAUUUUCUGGCUGCCUGGUCGUAAUUGAUGAAUAUGCAUGAUUUUGGCCUUGUCAGCUUCUACACGAGAUCUGUUUGAAGUUUCCUGAAGACCCAAUAAUAAUUGAAGAGCCUAGUGUUGGAGUAAAACAAGAUUCAGAAUUGAAACAUGUGGAUGGCUCUGAUUUUCAUGUGGCAACCUCAACAAAGUAUGCAUCAAAUAGUGAGAGGUGUGCAGCAAGCUGCCAGAUUUUCACCCCGACUACAAAAUCACCUGCUACACCACUGGAAGGCCAGAGAGGAGAAGAGGAAUACUCCUGCGAAGACAUUCUACAUUCCUCCAGCCAACACACAUCAGUCAUCGACUGCCAACAAGGCUCUAAGAAAUCAAAGAAAGGCAAAUUGUUCUGUCCUUCCCAGACUUAGAGAUCCUUUUCAACGGCCCACCGCAUGAUACCCUCAUACAGUUGGCCUCCCUUUGGGUGGUGCACACCACCCACAAUUUUUCUCCCUUGGAAUCGGCAGGCUGACCCACGGAGAAUGCUGAUGCUUCCAGCCUGUGCACAGUGUAGCAGUGUGUCUUUGAAGGCUGGCACUCGGCAGCCACGGAGGUGACUACCAUUCGUUUGUUGCCUCCUCCCCAAUCCCUGUUAUGACUCUUCCCCAAUGGAACAUAGCAAGCAUUAGAUCGAAUAAUGAGGAACGCAAAGUCCACUUCUUUUCUGCUUCCAAGAAACAAAAUUGUGUCCUGGCGGCCUCCCACAUUUCCUUUCAGUCCACUUUGAUAUUCCCCAUCUCAAGGACAGCAGUCAAUCUCAUGGCGGAGACGUACUGGUCUUGCAGGAUGAUGUUUGUAACCAAAGCAUCUCAUGGAACACCUAGCUGAAAGCUGUUGCAGUCUGCAUUUUCCUUCAUCGUUUCACAUUUCUCUUUUUAAUGUCUACUGCCCUCCAUCAUUCACUGUCACCAGGGGAGACUUAAUUCAGCACAUUGAUCAGCUGCUCCCUCACCCCAUUUUGCUGCUUAGUGACUGUAAUGCCUACUGUCACCCUUCAGGCCUUUUGAGAACGUCUCCAAGAGGUUCCCUCUUGGCAGACCUUCUCAGUUAAAAUGGAGCGCACACAUUUCAGACUGACUGCUACAACUGAUUAUAGACAUAGUUGGUAGCUUUCUAAGGAUGAGUGGAGGCAUUACCUCUUUCUGGCAACCUUCGACCAACAUUUCCCCAGCUGUGAUGAGCAGAUUGAUUCAAAUUACUGGUGGGAGCUGUGGCAUUUCGUUUGAAGAAACUGUUCACCAUGGACUGGUCAAGAAUGAACUGGAGAGAGACAGAGAGAAGUCAACACACGAGUGUGGUACUCAUACACAGGAAUUAACCAUGGAUGAGGAUUGCUCGCUUAGCACCAGAUUUGAAUGUAGUAUGAGGGAACAGGAAUUCAAUGUGUUUAUUUGUGAUGUCUGCCUACUGUGCUUUACUUCAAAAUAUAGACUCAGAAAGCAUGUAGUCAUGCACAUUGAUGGCAUGCAACCUCCUACGUAUGUUUGUAAAUCCUGUGGUGAGGUAUUUCACAGUAAUGUUAGCUUGAAAAAACAUUUGAGAAUGGGUGAGAAUUGUCGAGUCCUAACAGCUGGCAAUCAUGAGAAAUAUGGCUGUAGUGAAGAACACGAGAACAGUAGCCUCUCAGACAGUGAGCCAGUAGGUUCUCUCACAGAACACACUGAGCAAUCUUCAGAUAAGGAAUCUUCAAAAGCUUCAAAAAAGUCCUUUAAAGACACACGUAAACCACGUAGGACACAGAAGCUGAGUGGUCAUGGAACUUUAUCUACAGCUGGUGCCCAUGGUGUUAGACUUACCACAAAGAGACCCCACAAAUGUAAUAUUUGUGGCAAGUUGUUUGCUGUGCGAAGUAAUCUCAAGAGACACUCAUUAAUUCACACUGGACUGAAACCUUACAAUUGUGAUAUUUGUGGCAAAUCGUUUACUGAGUUGGGUACUCUCAAGAGACAUGAAUUAAUUCACACUGGACUGAAACCUUACAAAUGUGAUAUUUGUGGCAAAUCUUUUGCUAGAUCAUGUUCUCUUAAGCAACAUUCAUUCAAACACACUGGUGAUAGACCUCACGAAUGUGACAUUUGUGGCAAAUGUUUUGCGCUGACUGGUGAUCUCAAGAGACAUGCGUUCUUACACACUGGGCUGAGACCUCACGAAUGUGGUAUUUGUGGCAAAUCUUUUGCUAUGUCAUGUGACCUCAAGAAACACGCCUUCUUACACACUGGGGAGAGACCUUAUGAAUGUGAUGUUUGUGGCAAAGCAUUUGCUAGGUCAGUUGAUCUAAAAGCACAUUCAUUAUUACACACUGGAAAGAAAUCGCAUACAUGUGAUAUUUGUGGCAAAUCUUUUUCAAGGCCAGGUUAUCUCCAGAGACAUGUAUUAACUCACACUGGAAAGAAAUCUCAUGGGUGAGAUAUUUGAGGCAAAUCUUUUGCUGUGUUGUGUACUCUCUGGAGUCAUGCAUUACUUCGCAUCGGAAAGAAGUCACAAAAAGUGUUGCUUCAGGCUAAUAGGUUUCUCUUGUUGGUGCCCUUAAGUCUUAUAGAAUAAAGGAUAUGACAGACAUUAAUUAUGUAAUGCCUGUGAAAUAACAAAAUGUUCUAGGACUGUGAAAAAAUAUGCAAUAAUGUGUACUAUAGAGGGGUCACAGAUGGUGUGACAAUAUAAUUAUCCGUAACAUGAAAUGUCAUGAAUAGUACUAAACUGUACACUAAAGUGAAUCAAACGUGAUUUUGUCAUUUACGCUGCUAUUUUUCUAUUGGAUAAAUCUUUAAACUAUGUCAGUAAUUGUAAGUACCUCUAAGCAGGCAAGCCCCUGACCUCCAUGUUUUGUGAUGUUUUGAACCCCAGCAACUUUCUGCAGAUGUUCACAGUGGUAGCAUACAACCACCCAACCAGCUUCACUUUAGAGAUGCUGGUUCCCAGCUGUCAGACCAGAACAAUCUGUUCUUCCUCACAGUCACUUAUGUCAAUAAAUUUACAUGUUUGCAACUCA